AUCGCAUUCGAGGCAACAAGAGGUCGACAGGGCCAGGUCGGCAAGGAGGAAGUGCCCACGCGCGACAGCACCACGCACGCAGCCGAGUGUCGCGCACUGCCCGCAGAAGUUUCUCUCUGGCAUUUUUGUUGAGCACAAAGAAGAGCGAGACAUGAGUUCGUCAGGAACCCCACACAGCACCAACGGACCGCCCAGAGGCACCAGCAGUUCCCCCUCUCGCCAUAACAACCCAGGAGAAUCUGGCGGCUCGUCUUCAAUGAAUGAUCGAUACAGUUCGUCCUCCAGCGGCGGCGGACGUGAAUUCGGUAACAGCUGCAGAGGACCUCCAAACCACAACAAUGGCCCGAUGGAUCGAAGUCGACCGAGCCGAUUUGAUAAGGACCCUCCACCGUACUCUUCUUAUAACAGUGGGGUUGGACGUGGCGGCUGGAGCAACCGCGGUGGACGGGGAGGAUUCAACUCACAAUUCAAGUCGUCCCGUCCGAUGGGCGGUCGUCCCUUCCGUUCGCGCUCUCGAUCCAGGUCACGUUCGCGCGAACGCCGAGAUAAUACGUUUCAAGUCAACGCGCGCAACCGAUUUCGCGGUGAUCGUUCUAGAGAACGAUCUAGAGACAGACUGCCACAGCGACAUCCACUCGACUCGAAUCGUGCGUCGUCCCCUGUACGAGGUGACGGUUUCCGUCAUGGAUCUCCCGAUCGUCUUUCGAGACACUCUGAUCCGCAACACGACCAUUCGAGAAGACAUUCCCCUCCACCGCAAGAACGCCAUCCAUCGUCGCCGCUGCCCCGUCAAGGUGGACAGUCCAAUACAAACAAAUCAGACGUUGCAGCAAGAACAUCUCCUCGACCAGAGCUUAUCGUGUCGCCUCCGCAAUCAGUUGAAGCAGGCUCCUCGUCCACCCAACUGAACAAUUUACCAAGCGCACGCCUACCGGACCAAAUGCAAUCGCCACAUCGAGCCCUUGCAGAUUCCACUGGUUCAUCCCAAUUGAAAACGGGCCCGCCAUAUUCAUCUCCGCGAGUUGCAUCCCCCCAUUCGUCAUCUCCAAAAACAACGUUGAAUCCACCAACGUCGUUCUCAUCCCCCAAGCAACACCAUCCGCCGUCAUCGAUGGCUAAGCAGUCUUCGCAUCUUCCGCUUUCACCAGCACCUACAAGUUCUCCCGGUCACCCACCUGGGAGGACAUCUCCUUUGCGACAACCACCCACCUCCAACGCCGGCGCUCAUUCGUCACCUCGACCUCGCAGUGGAGAUGUUUCCAGACAGCCGACUUCAUUGGUUGGACCGCAUAGUCCACAUCAAGGCCUUCCUGGUGCCGGUUCCUCUCCUCAUCCUGCCGCGACAAGUCGUCAUGAAAUCGCACCGACCACUUCGUCAAAACGACACGCGUCGAAGCGAGACGACCUGUCUCCGUUGAAACCGUUCUUGUCGCGCCGAGGUUCCUUUGACCUUAUGCAGCAAGCUCAUCGCACGUCUCCAAAAGUCGCACCGAGUGGUGGAAGCAGUCCGUCCAAGCCUCAUGCCCCCCCCAACCAACGACGUCGGUCCAUAGAUGGCGAAGACAAAUGCAUCGCAACCAGUGUCCGUCGUAAGAGCAUCGACGAAGUUAUCGAGGCGGAGGCUUCAGUGGCUCGUCUGGAAGAAACGAUACUGGAACCACCAAAACCGAAAGAAGCAGGUGACGAAAGUUCAUCCUUUUCGAUAAAACAGCGACCUCGGCUAGGAUGGGGCCAAGGACUGGCGGCAGCAUCCUCGCCGAAUGCAGGGGCAGCAACUGCAACAACGGCUACGACAGUGAAACGACCUCGAAUGGGUUGGGGUAUGGGACUGGUCGUGACCCAAGUUCCUUCACCGAAAGCCCAAAGCGAUCAGCUACCUGCUGUGUCCACCCCACCGUCCGCGCAAGUAAAUCUUGACAAAGUUGUCAUGCCCAACGCAACUGAUGGGAUAAGCCCCCCUGAACCGAAAUCCGCGGAAGAGGUGCAGUCUGCAUUGCCGGUGGCCUGCCAAACACCCGAUCCUGUGGACAUGGAGAUCGAUGAAGAACCCAUCGCUGUCGCUUCCGUUGCUGUUUUGGAAGUGCCGUCACAAACCAAACCUAAAGAGCAAAUCUUGUCGUCGAUCGACCAGCUGGACGCUGAAAUUGCCGACAUCCAGUCCAAGUUGACUUGUGCCAAGAAAGUCAUCGACGCGCAGUUGUCGCUAACGAACGAGACGUCUGUUUCCGAAGCCGCACCAGUAGAUGUGAGUCCGUCCAAGAAGACCCGACCUGUACUGGUAGAUCCAAAACUGAUGGCAAUGGUGAAUUCGCUCAUGGAGGAAAACAAACUCAAGGCCACAUACGCCCAUGCCCUGAUCGAGCCUCUUGGAAAGGAAACGGUGCAGUACAUGCGGCCAGUCGAUUGCCCUGGAUACGAAAACACGCUCGUUCGUGGUCGCGUGUUACAUGACCGCAUGAUGCUACGUGUGCGUAAGCACAAACAGGCUCAUUACGCAGAAAUGAAGGCCCUUGCAACAGAGUAUGGUGUGCUGAAGAAGGCGUGGCGGGCUAAGGUCAAGAAACUCGAGAAAGAUCGCAAGAAACAAGAAAAACGCACGAAAUUACGUCAAAAGGAAUGGUCGACAGGCCGCGGGGGCGAUGACCUGGACAAGUCGUCGUCUGUGGAUGAAAAGGGGCAUGCGUCGUCGGCGAACGACUCGCAGCAGAUCAACUAUCUGCGGUCGUCGUCCCGACUGACAAACAAUUCGGCAACGCAGCACACGCAAAUGUCCAUGUUAAAGCAGAUUGCCGACGUCGAGAAAGAAAAGCAAGCCGAAUUAUGGGAGCUUGAAGUCAAACGAAAACGGCUGAAGAACGCAAUGCUGUCAUCGGGAUCAAGCAACAGUCCAUACAUCAUCCCUGAUAUGAUUGUUGACAAGGAACUCGUCAAAGUCAAGCGGUUUAUUCCGCUUCCAAGGCCGCUUUUGACCGGGAUGGAGGCAAACGACGACGGACACCUAGAUGGUCUCCAUUAUUUGAACGCUGCCCAACUGAUGAAUCCAUGGAGUGACAUUGAAAAGUGCAUUUUCAUCGACAAAUUUCUCCAAACCCCGAAGAAUUUUUUCCGUAUCGCGAGCUUUUUGCAAAACAAAACCACCGGCGACGUGAUUUCAUUCUACUACCAAACGAAGAAAGUACUCGAUUACAAGGCCAUCAUUCGAGAGCAGCAGCUGCGCCGACGCGGUGCGGGUAUCAAAAACACGUGGAACUGCUGGCAGCUGAGUCUAUGUGCUGCCAUGGCACUCGGGGUCAAGUUCCCCCCCGCGAUUCAAUCCAGUUUACUCCAACAGUCCAAGUUUCGAUCACACCAAGCCGCCCAAUCAAUUUUGCAAGCAGCAUCGAUCUCAAAAGACGUCACGGCCAAGCCGGACGACGAGGAAGCCAACGAUUCGCCAAUUGUGUUAGACUUAACCGACUUUUUGGACGACAACCUAUUCACGACCGGGUACAAAUUGACGUUGAGGUCGGUGCGUAGUCGCUUUGACGAAUUUCGCGCGUCGGCCGACUACCACCCGGACCCCCCCGAGGUAUCGACCCCACCCGUGUCCAUGCCCCCGACUAAAAAGGCCAAGAUCGACAAAGACUCCAUUGAUGCGGCCACGGCUUCCCCGGUCGCAUCCAGACGCAAACCAACCACACCGCGCCCUGUACUUGUCAAGGGUGCAGCGAAAAAGGCGAAGAACAAUCGUCCUACAACUUUGAAAAAGGCCGACGACGAAGUGCCACCGUUGUCAUCUCCUGGCUCGUCGAAAGAGUCCAAGGACGAGUUACAACCAAUAGAGUCCCCAGAAGUCCCCCAACCACUACUCAUCCCUCUUCCCAUGCCUGUGGUCAACGCACCUCCAUUGUUUGCACCAUCGCCUGUGCCACUUACCCCCCGAACGACCCCUCCUCCGUCCAUGUCGUCGUCUCUAUUUCUCAACUCGACGACGCUAAGUAGUUUACCUCCUGGCAAGCGAGUUGUCCAGAAGUGGACAGAGCAGGAAAAGUCGGACUUUCUCAAGUUUUUCUCGGUGUACGGGAAAGACUGGGCUGCUCUCACAAACAGCAUUCCAAGCAAAACGGCUGCCCAAAUCAAAAACUAUUACCAAAAUUACAAGAAUCGGCUUGGUCUACAGGACGUUCUGAAGAAGCGACCAGACCGUGGUCCCAGCUCUGGCAGCAAUACCCCUCUGAGUCAUCUCCAAAAGUCGCCGACGCCAUCUACCAACUCACCAUCUCAUACUGCAGCACGACCCCAGCCGCCCUCUGCGUUUUCGUUUCCGAUUUCGAUUCAAGUCCCUCAAGAAUUUCCUCCUGCUGUCCCUACGUCCAUGAAUGCCGCGCAACAUCGACUUAUCCAGCUGCAAAAAGAACUCUCCCGGAUACAGAUGCAGCAAUUGCCCACCAACACUACAACGUCGAUGGGUGGUCAGAAUACUCCGUCAAUUCCAAACUCGGCACCUGGAUCACAGCUGAAGCUGCUGCAAUACAGUCUCCAACAACAAGUCCAGAUGCUGCAAAUGCAAAUGUAUCAGCAAAGUGUUCAAGAAAGCUCCAACAACAGCGCGAUGCAGGGUCAGCAUUCGUUCGGAAUACCUCGAUUGAAUCAGCCCCAAUACUACGAACGCUACAAGGAAGAAUCCAAAGCGCCAAUGGGGUCCACCGAUCAACAACUGCUCUUGGCAGCUCGGGCGCAAGGGGACCAGCCACCUAACCUCCCGCCCAUCGAGCCCCCUGCCGCUCCCGUGCAAAGCGCGUCAAGCCGCAUGUCGUUCUCUUCCAUCUUGAACGAAAGCCUCGGGAGUCCUCAGUACUCCUCGUCACCGUCUGCGUCGACCCCCAUUGUCAUCGCAUCUGCCCCGACAUCGAUCAGUCGGUCGUCCAUGUCGAGUAUUCUCAAUCGACAGUGCGAGUCGUCGCCUGUCACCAUGCACGCGUCUCAGCCAAAGCUGCCUUACAACCCUCCCCCACCGUCGCACCUUCGACCACCCUCAACGUUCAGCACUACGAUGUACCAUCCCAUGCAUUCUCACCGACACCCGCUGUACCACGAUCCUACCACCCACAGUAGCAGCAUGCAAGAUGGUCAAAUGCCCAUUCCGUCGUACCACCAUCCACACCACCAACCCAUUCAACCGGUGCAACAAACGAUGCUUCAUCAUUCCCAACUUCAGCCCCUGCAAACGUCGUCCUCGUCGGCGUCGUCCAUGUCGAUCCACCAACCGAUUCAACCCAUGCCGCAGUCCAUGCUCCAACCUAUUCAGCCCAUGCAUUCUGCUAGACACAACGUUCCCAUCUACAGCCAUCGGCCCAUGGAAGAUUCGUGGAGCAACAAUCCGAAUUUGGCAACGAUGGACCAGCAGCAACAUCCUGGCAGUCGCUACUACGACCACUCAAGACUUGCCAUGGACAAGGAAGCAGCGCAUUUACGAGAAGCCCAAGAAGAAGCAGCUGCUGCGGCAUUGAAUGCCGCGGCGGCAGCCGCCCGCGUGGAAGCUCUUCAGCGUAGCGUGGUGGCGAGGCAAGAGCAACCAGUGCUGCAUCUCGCGCCCCCUCGAUAUACCAGUCAAUUGCCACCCCAGCCGCAAUUUCACCUCAACCUCCCUCGCCCCCACGAUCCUUCCAUCGUGACCAAUAUUGCUGCGUCGUCCACCCCAUCUGCGGGCAACGGAUCAAACGAACAGCGAUAGAUGAUGUAAUAUCAAGUAAUGCCACAGACCAAAUAUACUACAUAAUUGCCCGCACAGGCGUGUCAUGAAUCGUCUGUGAUGUUCGGGGACGGCGUGACUCGAAUAUACGGCUUGAUUUCGUGAAAUCCAUGGGGAAAGAGAGCUUUGGCUGCGUCGGAUGUGAUGUCUGGCUCGAUAAACACAUCGUCGUUGACUUUCCAGUUUGUCGGUAACACAACUGGGUUGUACGCCGUCAGCUGCAGACCGUCCAAUACGCGGAUAAACUGGUCGACACGUGAAGACUAUCCAUUGAAUUGCUUUGUGCCCACCUCGUACAAGUUGCGGCCAAUUGUGACAGGGUAAUGAAACACAAAUUGCACUACCAUGUCAAUGUCCACGAUGAAGGCGGCGCUGUAGGGCAGUCGAAAGUGCUCCGACCCAUUCAUGGGUGCCGACGGUGCGACGAGGCCCAGCGUUCGCGAUAGAUCCCCCGCUUCGUCGGCGAAAAUGGGAAAAUUCACCUGGACGUCCUGGGUUUCGUUGACAUCGUCGAGGAACCGUGCUUGUUGUUUCACUACAAAACCAGCCAUCCAUCGGUCAACUAAUCAAUGGGGUAUCCACCUUACAAGACCCAAUACUCAACCCCAAGACGCGGCAAUUCCGUGCGUCAAACUGGGGUUUUAGCUUGGUGAGCAUCCCAAGUUCCUACAACCCAGCUGAAUGUUGUCCUUCAUAGUCACGCACACACCGUGGCCCAGACAGGAUGAAAGUCCUGCGGAAAGGUCAGAAGCAGAGUCCAUGCACCGUCAAUGUAGUCAUGCAGCUUGAUUGAGCCCAUUUGGGUCGUGCCGAUCAUCUUUGGCAUCUUGGACCCCACACGGAUGCCCACAGUCGCUGGCAUUGAUGAUCUUGAGGAGGCGCCGAUAUCUUUCCUUUCGAGCCAAUAUCAAACGAG